AUACGAGUAGCAGCCUGCCGUUCGCGCCACACGCACCAAACACUGAGCCAUUGCCCUUUUAAGUGCAAUCUGGGCGGGUACUCGCGAUCCCCGUUAGCCGGCGGGCUGAUGGGUGGCGCUAAUAACUGCUGUUGGUUCAUAUUUGUUUCCUUAUUACAGUUUUCCCGCAGCCAAACACAGCCCUGUUAUUCCGAAGGCUCUCAGUCACUCCCCGAGUCAGUAAAAAGGAAAGGCUGGAUACCAGGUGACCGCAAAGAGUGUGGAUGUCCAGAAGGCGUUUCUGUUGCUGUUCUUUCCCGUGGAAAUGCCUGCAGUGUCAUCCCCUGAACUAAAUUGUCUGGAGAUAAAUCGACUCCUUUGAUUUCACAGGAUGAGUCCGAAUACUUCGCUCCAGGGUUUCCCAACUCUGGAACUAGUUGGCAUUAUUUAUUUGUUGUUUACCUCUGCCCGGUGUGUGCCCGUGGUCCACAAACUCCACACCGAUCUGGACAGCAAAGGUCAACUAAAAUCAACUGUGGCAUUCUUGGAAAAGUAUGGUUACCUUGAACCAGGAUCCCUCGGGCAACUGAACCCUGCGCAGGUGAAGGAGGCGGUGAGGGAGUUCCAGUGGAUUUCCAACCUGCCGGUCAGCGGUGUCCUGGAUGAGCAGACAGUCCAAUUGAUGUCCAUGCCGCGCUGUGGAGUGAAGGAUAUCGGCAGCCACGAGAGCUGGGAGGGUCGAGUGAGGGACCUGUUCCUUGGCCAAGCUGGCAAACCCAGGCGGACAAAGCGUUACUCACAGCAAGGAGAGAAAUGGUACAAGCACAACCUGACGUACAGAAUCAUCAACUGGCCCCGGUACCUGGAGCAACACCGAGUGAGGAUGGCAGUGAAAACGGCCUUUGAACUGUGGAGCAACGUGUCACCGCUGACCUUUGAGGAGGUGCUGGAUGGCCCCGCGGACAUUCGCCUCGCGUUCUACCAAGGCGAGCACAAUGAUGGCAUUGGCAACGCUUUUGAUGGACCAGGUGGAGCCUUGGCCCACGCUUUCUUCCCCCGAAGAGGAGAAGCCCACUUUGACAAUGAUGAGAGAUGGUCCCUGAACCAGGGCAAAGGCAGGAACCUGUUCAUUGUCACUGCACACGAAAUUGGACAUACACUGGGCUUGGAACAUUCUCCUGUCAAAAAUGCCUUGAUGUCUCCAUUUUAUAAAAAGUUAGGCCGAGACUUUAUCCUAAAUUGGGAUGACAAGAUGGCCAUUCAGAAACUAUAUGGGAAGCCACUCCAUCAGCCGGGAAUGCAGCCGCUGGCAGGACUGCUGAUUUCUUUCCAGAGCCCUGCUGAGCACGCCAAGGCCAGGGACCCCACAGGAGCCCAGCAGCAGCCAUCCUACUGCCGGACCCAAUUCGAUACCCUGACCAGGGAUCUAAAAGAAAAUAUCUACAUAUUCCGAGGAGCUGACUACUGGAAGAUCUCAAGAGACGGCACUAUCAAAGGACCCCUGUCGCUGCAAAAGAGCUGGCCGGAGCUACCCCCGGCUAUCGAAGCAGCAGCCGUGUCGGAGAAGGAAGGGAAGUUCUACUUUUUUAGAGGGGGCCGGUGUUGGAGAUACACGGACAACCAGCUGGACCAGGGCUUCCCGGUGAAGGUUAAAACAAUGAGGCUGCCUCGACAUCCAGAUGCCGCCUUCUACUACCCCCCGCUCAGCCACCUGGUGAUUUUCAAAGGAUCCAAGUACUAUGUCUUGAGUGAAGAAACGAUGCAGGUGGAGCAGUAUUAUCCGAGGACCCUCAGUGACUGGAACGGGAUCCCUGUCGGCAUUAAUGGGGCCUUCACCUGGAACGAUAAGCGCACCUAUUUCUUCAAGGAUGACACCUUCUGGAAGUUUGACCACAGCAGGUUGAAGGUGUUGCGUCAGGGGCGGUGGGCACAGGAACUGGUGUGGACAGGCUGCCGGCACACUAACCAUACCAGCUCUACCCGGCAGCAGACGUAACUGCAGUUAAAGUACAGUCCCUAAGCUAUCCCAGCUCAGCUUGUCUGGGGAGACAAUGGGAGCAGGUACAUGUCACAGAGGGAGCCCAGUGUAGUCAGACACAGUACACCACCCACACAGUGUACAACCUACACACAUGGAGAAGGUACACAGUACAUCACAAUUUAUAUUUAUAUCAUUUUUGAGUGACUGUAUGUUUACUGAUGUCUUAUAUGUGCCUUGUGCUGUGUACGACUGUUGGUACUGUGUUUGUACCUUGCCCCCCGGAGGAACGCAGUUUCCUUUUGCUGUAUUCAUGUAUAGUUGAAUGAUAAUUAAAGUUGAACACAAACAACUACAGAGACACACACACGAAUACACAGUACAACACACACACUGGGUACACAGUACACUACACACUGGGUACACAGUACACUACACACACGCGGGUAUGGCUACACUACAGCAUACACAGGGAUUGUACAUAGUACACCAUACACACACAAACACAGAGUGGGUACACAGUACUCUACGCAAACAGGGACGGGAACAAAGUGCACACAUACACACACACACACACUCACUCUAGGUACACAGUACACUGCACACGCAGGUAUGGCUACACUACAGCAUACACAGGGAUUGUACACAGUACACCACACACACAAACACAGAGUGGGUACACAGUACUUUACGCAAACAGGGACAGGAACAAAGUGCGCGCGCGCGCACACACACACACACACACACACACACACACACACACACACACAGGGUACGCCAUACACUACAUACACAUAGAGUGGGUACGUUGUUCACCAUGCAGACACAGAAGGAUGGGUAUACAGUACACCAUACGUACACAUUCAGUGGGUGUACAAUACAGUACACACAUGGAAUGGGUACUUAGUACCACACACACACACACACACACUCACACUCACACUGAGUGUGUACACAGUACAUCACACACACAAGGAGUGGGUACACAGUACAUGUCAUAAACAUACACGCACAUGCACAGAGUGGGUACACAGUAUUGCAGUGCGAACAAAGUCACUGGAGAGAGAUACUGAAGCUAGUGGGUACAGAAGUGGGUUAUUCAACAAAAACAAGCAGCAGGCAUCAUAUUGAGAUCCUUUCAGGGGAAGAGGCCUGUUCAACCCAGCAGUACGUGACAUUUUAAAUGCUAAAGAUCAAAAGGAGAAUUCUACAUUUACAAUGUAUCUACAGUGCUUCCUUUGAAUCACAUACAACUUUUACACCUCCUACUUUGCACCCACACUCCACACAUCCAAAAUGAAUGUUAAUCAGCACUGGCUGGUUUUUCAAUUAACUGCUGUUCACAGCUCUAGGAACCUAUUGUGCGGGGCUGCGUUUUAAAUUUAAUCUACAGUCCAAGUUCAGAUCUAAAGAUUUGUUGCUGAAGUUAGUUACUGAAGUUAAUAUUUUGCUAUAUACCCUAAGUCCAGAAUAUGCCCUAACAAGCUCUCCUAGUCAAAAAUAAUCACAUUCUUUAUCUUCACCUCUUCACUUUCCAAUGGUUAAGUCUCUGCAGUAGCUACCAAUGAUUACUGUCUUUCCAAGGGCACUGGCAAGGUAAAUGUAUCAGGCUCAGAAGCCCCCUUUGAUGUACAGGAGGGGUUGGAGCUAUCUCUAUUUGAAUGACGAAAGGACUUCACUCCGGUGGCACCCCCUUCCAGACUGUCCAGUCGAUCCCUGGCCUGGCCACUGUAAGGGCCCAGCUCAUUUGUGUUGUUCAGGCUGGGAGUGACUGCCUUCAGAUGCCGUGCGCAAUUUCUUCCCUUUCUCAGUCUGCCGUGACUCUGAAGUUGUGGAUCUGAUGUCUCUGCUGUAACUCGGAUCCCUUCCCACCUAUUUUCCCCAAUAUUUCCCUAUUCUACGCUGUACAACUAAUAAUCUGCCUUCAGCAAACCAGCCUUCAUUACAGAGUACUGCAAUACUUUAACAGCUCACUGUCAAGCUCUCUUGAUGUCUUCUGCCGUCGUGUUUUCUGUGGGUCAGCUGUGGUCAGGUCUGAUGCAGCCGGCUGGUGUUCAUCACUUGGGUUCUCUGCAGUGACACUGUUACCAGGUACACUCGAUCUCUUGCUCGGUCUGUGAGGGUGACAGGAAGGUGGGUCAUAUGGUUUAACCUGUGUCCAGUGUUUCCACUGGCUGCCUUGCUGGGACUACACACCAACACAGGCGUCGUUCACCCAGAGCACCACCUGUGGUUUGAUCCACCUGGGAGUGAAACCUGCCCUGUCAACCAGCUCCCUUACCGUGACUUGGUCACCUGGCUGUGAGAAGACUAUCUUCUCUCGCUCUGGCUCUCUCUGAUCCACAACAUGUC